AUGUUGCAGAUCGACACCGAGAAGUCAGACACGCUUGACACUAAAGCAUGCGACCUUGCUUCUCAGCAGCCGGACAUUGCACAGGGUAGUGCAUGGGACUGCGGAGAAUUCUCCCUUAUGGGCACGUACCUCAUCCAAUUCGUGGAUAAGACAUGUAUUUCAUAUGCUGCCCUGUGGGGAAUGAAACAGGAGGCCCAUCUAGUGGGCGACCAGUACUCAUGGUUAACGACCAUAUUCUAUUUGGGUUAUCUUGUGGGUGAAUUUCCGAUGAAUGUCCUCUUUCAAAAGGUGCAUAUCACAAGGUCUUGUGGGACUUUGAUGUUUCUUUGGGGGGCAGUUCUUCUUUGCAUGGCAGCUGCAGAUAACUUCUCCGGUUUGAUGGCUGUUCGUUUCUUUCUAGGUGUCUUGGAAAGUGGGGUUAGUCCCUGCUUUGUACAGUUGACAUCGAUGUUCUAUAAGAGGAACGAGCAACCUCUUCGGACCGGCAUUUGGUUCUCGAUGAACGGGAUUGCUCAAGUGGUUGGGGGCAUUGUGGCUUACGGGAUUGGGCACAUCAAGAGCGACAUCCCGGUUUAUAAGUUCCCAUUCCUGAUUUUUGGCUCCGUCACAGUUGUCUGGGCAGUGCCCUUCUUCCUCUUUGCUGCUCCAAGCCCUGCCGCAGCGAAGUGGCUAUCUUCCGCGGAGAAGGAUGUUGCCAUCAAACGAGUAUCGGAGAAUAAGACCGGUCUGGACAACAAGGAGUUCAAGUUCUAUCAAGCACGCGAGGCUUUUAUGGAUCCUCAAGUGUGGAUCUUGAUACUUUUUGUGAUUGCAAACAAUAUUCCUAAUGGAGGCAUCAGUGCAUUCGGACCGCUGAUUAUCGAGGGGUUUGGCUACUCAAAGCUUGGAACUACGCUCCUGGGAAUGCCCUUUGGAGGAGCACAGGUCGUUGCCCUUCUCAUUACCGGCUUUCUUGCAGGAACAAUUAAAAACUGCCGAAUCAUCCUGAUGUGCGGUGGCCUUGUCGUCGCUAUUCUGGGAAUGAGUCUCAUGUACGCUCUUCCCGAGGAAAAUAAGAUUGGUCGUCUUCUCGGAUACUAUCUUGCCAUUGGGUUUAGUGCAACCUAUGUCCUUUCCUUAGGCCUGAUCCAAGCCAAUAUCGCCGGCCGAACGAAGAAGACCGUCGUCACAGCCGCUCUCUUCAUUGCGUACUGCGUUGGUAAUCUGAUCGGGCCCCAGCUAUUCUUUGAAAGAGAGGAACCACAUUAUCGGUCCGGGUUCAUUGCCAUGAUUAUUUGCCUGGCUCUGGAUUUCGUCCUGCUUCUGAUACUGCAUAGGUUGUACGUGCUAAAAAACAAAAAGCGAGACGCAGCACAGUCCUCGAUAGAAGUCAACCUUGAUGGUACCUCCGGCUUGACUGAUCUGACCGAUAUGGAAAAUCCCUCGUUCCGAUAUGUUGUUUAG